CACCACGCGGGCGGAGCGCUUUUCGCUCUGGCAAAAUGCCGUCGCGUACCGCCGGGCGCUCGCCGCCGAGCACCGGUUCUGAGCUGCUUGCUCUUUUGCACUGGUCUUUUGCACUGCUCUGUUUCCUCCACCUCUUGCUUCUUGAGCCUCUCGAGCCCACUUCUGUGUCGACUUCUGCUGCCUCCUCCGAAUAAUGUAUCGCGAUGUUUGUCUACUCAAAGCCAGCUACUCCUCCUGUCGUUAAUCCGGCAGCCACCAUAUGUCCCAUCAACUACUUGGAGGUCAACUCAAUCAGCAACUCAAACCCACUCUAUGACUUGGACUUUGACAACAUCGAUGGCUACUACAAGCAGACCCUCUCCCUCAUUGUUCCCAGAACACCCUUGAUGCACUCUGAUCCAAACACUUACAUUGCUCUUCCAAAGGGCUUCAAUCCAACAAAAUCGAAAUAUGGCAUACCCUACUCCAAUCUCAUCACUGAUGCCAAUCUAAUUACCAGUUCUUCACUUCUCAAUGACUCAAAUGACUACAAAAAAACUACUCCAAUAGUCGCUUCUUCUGCCCCCAGCACUGAUUCAAAUAUCCUCAAUUCUCCCAAUCCUCCUGAUCCUUCCAAUCCUUCCAAUCCUUCCAAUCCUUCCAACACUCCAAACACCUCAACUCUAAACAACGAAAUUCACCCACAAACAGUCGACCACCCUUCCGAUAAUUCAAACAAUUCAAACGAUUCUGAUAAUUCAAACAACAUCACUUCCAAUUCAAAUUCCACUUCCAAUCCUCCUUCCAAUCCUAUUUCCAAUCCUAUUUUCAAUCCUUCUUCCAAUCCCACCUCUACUUCUACUUCCAAUUCAAAUCAAAAUCAAGUGCAAAAUCAAAAUCAAGCCCCAAACCCAUUAGAUCGUCUUCCCUAUGGCUCAAACUUGAACCCUUUAUUACCUGAUCCUUUCAAAUUUGUUCAUUUAACUCCUGGAUGUCUGCAAAUCUAUAUAGACUUGAGUCUUAACCAAAACUCUUUUUUAAAUCAAAAUUUCAACCUCAUAAAUUCAAAUAUAUCUUUGCAAAAUAAAAAACUAGUUCCUUGGGCUUCUUCUAAAAAACACUCUUCAACCUUAAACUCGAUGUCAAAAAUUAUAAAUUCUUCAAAUACAACCUUAACCUCCUCUCUAACUUCUUCUACAAAUAACCUUGCUGAAAACAAUUCCACCACCACAAUUAACAACAGCAACAGCAACAACAACAACAACAACAACAACAACAAUAAUAAUAAUAAUAAUAAUAAUAAUAAUAAUAAUAAUAAUAAUAAUAAUAAUAAUAAUAAUAAUAAUAAUAAUAAUAAUAAUAAUAAUAAUAACAAUGCUGUCAAUAAUAACACAAACACUGUCAAUAAUAACACAAACUCAUACAUUAAAAACCAAAUAUAUGCCUCAAACUCCUUGGCUGCCUCUUUAAGGAAAACUCCAAAAUCAACAAUCGCAAGAAAUAACUCAAAUUUUAUAUCCAGAGCAAUCAUAAUUGAAAAUUUCAAUAAAAAACUAGCCCUUUCUUCUUCUCUACUAAUAGCAUACAACGGUAGAGUAUUUAACCUUUUUUCUCUAAAAUUAAACUCAAGCUUCGUCUCAUCUCCAACAAAUCUUAACGACAAUGAAUCCUUAUUCGAAAACCCUUUAAUAAGACUCAUUUUUCCCUCUGUUAUAACAAAAGUUUCCUACUUCUUCUCAAGAAUCAUAUCAAACUCGAUAUCAAACUCAACCUCAAAUAAUAUCUCAUCCUCAAAUACUUUCCUGUCUCUAAACCAACCCAAUUUUGAAAACCAUUUAGAUAUCCUAAUCGGCUUUGCAACAGGAGAUAUUAUUUGGUACGAUCCCUUCAUAAACAAAUACUCCAGAUUUAACAAAAAUGGUAAAUUCAUUUCCUCUCCAAUUCUCGACCUUAAAUGGAUAAGAAAUGGCCUCCAAUUCUUAGCCGCCUUUGCUAAUGGCUCCAUACUAAUCUUUAAUCGUGAUAAAGAUGAUCGUAAAUCCUUAAGUUUCAAUAUUUCUCCCGCCUCAAAAAAAUUCAUUAAAAUUUAUAACUCAAUUAAUCAAAACAGCCAGAACAACCAGAACAACCUCUCUGACUAUAACCCAGUAGCCUAUUAUAAGAUAUCAAAAUCCCCAAUCACCUCAAUUUCCAUUUCAAAUAAUAAACUACUAUUUGAUGAGUUUGUCUGUUUAACCUCUGAUGAUGGCUUUUUAAGAAUAUUAAACAUUAAAAACGAAUCCAUAUCGGACAUCAUUCCUUCUUAUUUUGGUGGCCAACUCUGUUCUGCUUGGUCUCCCGACGGCAAAUAUCUAGCAAUUGGUGGGCAAGAUGACUUAAUCAAUAUUUAUGAAAUAAAUUUAUCUACAAUCUUACUACAACAGCAGCAGCAACAACAACAGCCAACUGAAUCAAAUUUGGACAACGAAAACAAUUCAUCAAAUCAGUUCAAAAUUAAACUAAUAGCUAAAUUACAAGGCCACCAUUCUUGGGUGAGAUCCGUUGCUUUUGAUAAUUUAAAAUGUCCUCCAAUAUCAAAACAAUCUCCAACAACUUAUAGAUUAGGCUCCGUUGGGGAUGAUGGCAAACUUUUAUUAUGGGAUUUCACUCCUAAAUUGUUACCCAAAAUUAAAAACAGGCAUAAUCAUCAUCAUCAUCAUCAUCACCACCAUAAUUAUAAUCGUCACUCUAAUAAUAAUAAUAAUAAUAAUAAUAAUAAUAAUAAUAAUAGUCGUUACACUUCUAAUAAUAACUAUAUCAAUAAAAAAUCUCAGAGUUAUCAACAUACUAACACUAAUUCAGUUUCUGUAAAUAUUAAAAAUACAAAUGUUAAUAACAUUAACCAAAGAUCAAAUAGUAAUCCCAAAUAUAAUUUUACAAGAUCCACAAAUAACAGACAGAUCUCUAAUAAUACUUUCAAUCCAUCCAAUACAAACGUAAACACUAGAAGAACUGAUAGCGGCAAUUCUAUAUUAUCUUUACAACAACAGCUACAAAAGAACCAGGGACAUCCUAUAUCAUUAACUCAAGCAAUGCUCUCACCUGUGAAUUCCCAUGUUUCGGCAAAUACAGUUACGUUAAACAAUAAAGGAACGAAUUCCAUGGCCGAUAAUGAAAUCAACAGCAAUAGCAAAAAUAUCGACACUGGUAAUAAAACUGCUCAAGUGAACGGAAUUAUUGUUGAUGGAACAUUUAUUCAUAAUGUUAUUCCCAAAAGAGAAAUUCCUUCGAUUCAGCCUUUUAGCUCGUUGAAUUGUGGCCUAGAUAGAUUAAGUAGUGUUGAAUUCGUUCAAACUGGAAUAUGGGUUAGCAGUUUCGGUGGUGAUAUUAAAAAAUGGAUUAGACCUUAUUAAGAUGAAAUUUGUCGCAUAUUAUUAUUUGAUAGUUUCAUUUCUCCUUUAACCCUUAACCCUUAACUUUUCACCCUUUAUCUUUAAAUUUUUGUUUUUAUUAUAGCUAUUUAUAUUUUUUUGUUUUUUGGAAACCCCAAAUUAGAUUUUCUGAUUUUUAAAAAUUUUAAACCGUUUUUUUAUUUUUAGAAGAGUAUUUUUUGUUUUUCGUUUGUUUUUUAUUUGUUUUUUAUUUGUUUUUUGAUUCUUUUCUUUUUAUUGUACUUAUUUUUAUUCAUAUUUUUUCUGCUAUUCUAUUUAUUUCGAUGUUUACAAUAAAUUUUUAUGAUUGAUGAAAUUUAAUGAAAGAAAAAACAAAGAUAAGACAAUAUCAGUAAACUAGUAAACUUUUAAGCUACUUUUGGGUUGUUUUAAAGUUCAAAUGCAAUAAAGCUCAAUUCGCCGUACAUAUGAGAGACAAUAGAUAGAAGCUAUUUC